AUGAUCAGCUCGCGAGUAAUCCUGCAAAGAGGCUUGCCCAGAUGCUUUGCCAAUAGGCAAGUUGGCAGCCAAAUUGGCGAACUCCCACCGCGGGAAGACGGCAUCAUCAGGAAUGACGGUGACAUACGAAGCAAUUAUACAGACGAAGCCAACAGGAGCAAGGACAUGACACAGACAAUAAAGGAAAAGAUGCAAGAUGUUGGAAAAAAAGUCAAAGAAGUCAAAGAUAAAGCAUGGGGAAAGGCCGAAGACCUGAAAGAAGAUGUGAAGGACAAAGUCGAAGAAAAACUCGAAGUAGGAGAUCCCGUCGCGAGGAACAUACAAGAGCAGCAACGAGAGAAGAGGCGAAAGAACAACUAG